AAUGAAUGCAUUUCAGCACCCAUAGAACACUCCGUUCACAUUUUCCAUUCUAUCUUACGAAUAUUUGAUACCAUACUUGUGGUUUUAUUGUUCCACGUACAAUAUGAAAUUAACGGCGAGUGUAUUAGAAGUUCCACCUGGGUCCUUAAUUGUUAUCAAGUGCGUAAAAUCUUCAAAGAAAAUAGAUGUGAAAUGGAGGAAUGCAGAGACAAGUUUAGUGUCAGAUGAUGAUAAUGAUGAUGAUAAUAAAUUUAUCCACUCCGACGUUCAUAUUUGUCGACAUUUAGCCGCGUUAUUUCCUGAGUAUCACCUGAACGGAGCAUCUCUAAUUCAACACGUGGAGGUUAAUCAUUGGAUAUAUUUCGCGUCCAGGACUAUGAAUAAUGAUAAAUGUUUCGUAAGAAUAUGAAAUAUUUGGAUGAACAACUGCAAAAGUGCAAAAGACGGCAUAGGUACUUGGUCGGAGCAGCUCUUACAAUUGCUGAUAUCUUUUUAUGGACAGUUUUUUUCGGUAAUCAAUUUUUGAGUAAAGUUGGAAACGAAGAAUUUGUCAAUGUUCAUCGCUGGUUCUCGUUUAUCGAUUCUCACGAAUGUGUCAGAGAAUGCUUAGAUUCGUUACCAAUGAAAAUUAAAACAAACUUGAAGCAGCUUACGUUACGAGCAAAAGUGUAUUUGGCAGUGUAUACAAUAAAAAAAAAGAAGGUAAAUUUAUCGAACUUCCUGACGCUGAAAUGGUUAACGUUGUGAUUGGUUUUUCUCUUGAAGCCAAUGGAUAUUUACAUAUCGGUCACGCAAAAGCUGCUUUGCUUAGUCAGUAUUAUCAAGAGAAAUUCGAAGGUAAAUUAAUUGUGAGAUUUGAAGACACUAAUCCUGCCAAGGAGGGAGUCAAUUUUGAACAGGUUAUCCUCGAAGAUUUGCAGUUACUGCAUAUAAAACCUCACGUAUUUACACAUACGUCGGAUUAUUUCGAUACAAUGUUGGAAUUUUGCGAAAAAUUGCUGAACGAGGGUAAGGCAUACAUCGACGAUAGUGAUCCUGAAGUCAUGAAACAAGAACGAAAACAAAGAGUCGAAUCAAAAAAUAGGAAUAACACUGUCGAGAAAAAUUUCUUAAUGUGGUGCGAAAUGCAGAAAGGUACCGAAUAUGGGCAGACUUGCUGUGUUCGUGCUAAAAUCGAUAUGUCCUCGGCUAAUGGCUGCUUAAGAGAUCCGACCAUCUACGGUAUAAGAACGAGACUUAUCCCAAAACUGGAAAUAAAUACAAGGUUUAUCCAACGUACGAUUUCGCCUGCCCUAUUGUCGAUAGUAUAGAAGGCGUGACGCAUUGUUUAAGAACCACCGAAUACCAUGAUCGAGACGACCAAUUUUAUUGGUUCAUAGACGCUUUAAAACUACGCAAACCUAACAUCUUGGAGUACAGUCGAUUAAAUAUGACGAAUACAGUUCUUUCGAAACGUAACUUGACCUGGUUUGUCGAAGAAGGAUACGUCGAUGGAUGAUGGUCAUUUAAAGAAGACCCCCAUUACGGCUAGUAUAAUGGACAGAGAAAACUGGCUCCGUUUCUUGCUGGAUGCCGAUAUUUGUCUCAAAAAUGCGGAACAGUAUGCAGAUAUGUUCUUGAACAGCAAUACCAAAGUUGAAGAGAUCUGUCAUUUCGAGUAUGAGUAUUUUGAGUCAUUGCGUUUGAACUGUGCUGGAGAUGUCUUGAAAAUACUAAGGAAACUUGGGAAAAAACCCAAAUUAGAAUUCUUAGACACAGCGAAAAAGAACGUCGUGAAAAGCAGCAUGUGUCAAUUUUUCAAGGAGGUGAAAGAACGAGCAAAGAAUUCGCUGUCAGCUUUGAUGGAUGAUGUCAUGAAAGAGGUUGAAGAAAGCCCUGAAGAAUUGAAGUAUUUUUAAGGAUCUUCCUGUACAACGUUUCGUCAUUAAAAGCGACCACAUUGCCUCAGCUGUUAUUUGACAGAACGGCACGUUGCGUGCAUUCACUUUCGCUUUUGAACCCGAGCGUACGUACUACGUAGUACCUACCCACGCAAUUUCAAAUUGGAAGUGUUUCAUGUCGGAGGCCGUGGGCCGUGGGUUCGAGUGAGAUUCACGGCGAAGAUUUUUUCAUUUUUUUUUUGUCCAGGAUUUCUUUGUAAACUGGAAAUUAAUGACUAUUUAUUAACAAACACCAAGAUUGUUUUAAAUACCUUUCAAAAAUAUAAAUUCCUAGAUGACAUCAGCAAUUGCAUUAUAUCCCGCAUGAGCGGAUGCUCUAGAAUUGAAAACGGUU